UGUCCACGUGGGCCCAGGUGCCGCUUCUCACGGAAAUCGAUCGCCACCCCCAGGGAGCAGCAGACAAGCCGGGCUGCGCACACCCUGCUGGUCUCGGAGACGUGCGCGUGGCCACGGCGACAUGCACACCUUAGCCCUUCUGAGCUGCUGCUUUUCACUCUCAACAGCGUUUUAUUUCCACGCUGGGGAGCGGGAGGAGAAAUGCAUCAUAGAGGACAUCCCCAGCGACACGCUGAUCACAGGGACCUUCAGGAUUCAGCAGUGGGAUGUGUCCCGGCAUGACUUCCUCGAGUCUGCUCCCGGCCUGGGCGUGUUUGUGACCGUCAAGACCUACGACGAUGAGGUAUUGUUGUCGAAGUUACACGGCUCACAAGGAACAUUCUAUUUCACAUCCCAUUCACCUGGAGAGCACAUCAUCUGCUUGGAAUCUAAUUCCACGAGGCUGGUGUCAUUUGGAGGGAGUAAGCUGCGAGUCCACUUAGAUAUCCGAGUCGGAGAACACGACCUGGACGUGGCCAUCGCUCAGGCAAAGGACAAAGUCAACGAAGUCAGCUUCAAGCUCGAGCAUCUAACUGAGCAAAUUGAGCAGAUACUCAGAGAGCAGGACUACCAGAGGGGCCGCGAGGAGCGCUUCCGCGCCACCAGCGAGGGCACCCACAGCGGCGUCCUGCGCUGGGCGCUCGCGCAGACGCUGCUGCUGCUGGCCGUCGGGCUGCUGCAGAUGCGGCACCUGCGCGCCUUCUUCGUCGCCAAGAAGCUCGUGUAG